UUUAAAGCUUGAGUGUUUUUAAAUUUUAUUAAUUAAAUAUAUAAAACAUGAAUAAGUUAACCUCGUAUAGUAUUAGAGAAAUACACAAAGCCUAUCGAGAGAAGUUGCUGAAUCCAACAAGUUUUGUUGACUUAUGUUUAGAAAGGGCUACAAAAGCGAGUGAAUUAAAUGCAUUUAUCACGUUAUCGGAUGAUGUAGCGAAGAAACAAAGUAUUGAAAGUGAGAAACGAUUAAACUCUAAGAGCAAGGCAAAGUUAAUGGAAGGUAUAACAGUUGGCGUUAAAGAUAACUUUUGCACAAAAGACAUACCAACAACUUGCGCCUCAAAUAUGCUGAAGAACUUUGUGCCGACCUACAACGCGACUGUUUAUACGAAAUUAUUAAAUGCCGGAGCAUGUCUCGUUGGGAAGACGAAUUUGGAUGAAUUUGCGAUGGGUUCAGGCACUGUCGACUCUAUUUAUGGACCGACACGUAAUCCAUGGUGUUAUGAUUAUGAUUGGCGGAUACCUGGAGGUAGUUCCGGUGGAAGUGCUGUUGCUGUAAGCAGUGGAGCCUGUGUCAUAGCUAUUGGUUCAGAUACGGGUGGAUCAACACGCAAUCCAGCAGCUUUAUGUGGAAUAGUUGGUUUAAAACCUACAUAUGGACUAGUUUCGAGAUGUGGUCUAAUACCACUCGUAAAUUCAAUGGAUGUACCUGGUAUUCUAGCUAGAAGAGUUGAUGAUGUCGCUAUCACACUUAACUGUAUAGCUGGACCUGACGAUUUAGAUUCAACAACUAUCAAACACAAAUUUAAACCAAUAACAAUGAGAAAUGACAUUGACCUGUCUAAAGUAAGAAUUGGAAUUCCGAAAGAAUAUCAUUGCAAUGGAAUGAGUCAAGAAGUUAUAGAUACAUGGCAGUAUGUGACUGAUCUGCUUUAUGAUGAAAAGUGUCAGAUACAAUCAGUAUCUCUGCCGCACACUUCUGUCUCAAUAACCGUGUAUUCAAUUUUAAAUCAAUGCGAAGUGGCCAGUAACAUGUCUAGAUAUGAUGGCCUUGAAUUUGGUUUAAGAACAGACUCAGAUUACUCUACCGAAGAGCUGUAUGCUUCCACAAGAUCAGAAGGUUUUAAUAAUGUGGUUCGAUCAAGAAUAUUUGCUGGUAAUUAUUUCUUAUUGAAACAGAAUUACGAGAAAUACUUUCUUAAGGCUUUGAAGCUGAGACGUUUGAUAGCAAAUGACUUCAAAACAGUUUUCGGUGAGAAUGGAGUUGAUUUAUUGCUAACACCAACUACCCUCUCUGAUGCACCAUUAUAUAAGGACUUUGUUGCUAAGAAUAACAGAGAUCAGUGUGCAUUUCAAGAUUACUGCACUCAACCAGCUAACAUGGCAGGGAUACCAGCUGUUUCCAUUCCCAUAAGACUAUCAGAGAAAAAUUUGCCGCUCUCUCUACAAUUAAUGGGACCAGCCCUGUCUGAAGAGUUAUUACUUAAUGUAGCUAAGAAGAUAGAAAGUUUAGUUAAUUUCCCAACACUGGAUAUGGAAUAAUAUUAACUAUGAAUCAUUAAAAGCUAUUUUUACAUGUAUCUUAAGGUACUUGUAAGAUUUAUAUAGCAGUAGCAUAUAAACUAACACAAGUUUGGUUAUAGAUACCUGUAAUACAUUAUGUACAGCUGAAUACUAAAAAAAAGAUUAUUGCUUUUUAAAUACUUUUUAAUAAACUUUAAAAAUUGUAAAUAUUUAUUAAAUUACAUUACCAACAAUAAACUACUUUUUGGGUGUGU